AUAAAAGAGUAAAGAUAAAAAUAAAUAAAAUGAAGUGUCCGUACUGUUCAUCGGCGCAAGGACGGUGCGCCACCACGAGCUCCGGCAUAUCGAUAACGGAAUGCACCUCCUGCGGCCGCGUAAUCGAAGAACGCCAAACGCAAAACCACCACCUCUUCCAUCUCCGCGCGCAAGACACUCCUCUCCCCCUCGUCACCGCCGAUCUCCAACCCCCCGCCGCGCAACCGUCCCAAGCCAACGAGGAAGAUCCGUUCGAGCCCACCGGAUUCAUCACGGCCUUCUCCACCUGGUCACUCGAACCGAACCCGAUCUUCGCUCGCUCAUCCCUCUCCUUCUCCGGCCACCUCGCGGAACUCGAACGAACCCUGGAGCUCGCUUCUUCCGGAUCGAAUUCGUCGUCGACGGUUGUGGUGGAUAACCUUAGGGCUUAUAUGCAGAUCGUCGACGUGGCGUCGAUUUUGGGAUUGGAUUGCGAUAUCUCUGAGCAUGCGUUCCAGUUGUUUAGGGAUUGCUGCUCGGCUACUUGCUUGAGGAACAGAAGCGUUGAGGCGUUGGCUACUGCUUGUCUUGUUCAAGCUAUUAGAGAAGCUCAAGAGCCUCGAACACUUCAGGAAAUCUCCAUUGCAGCCAAUGUACAGCAGAAGGAGAUUGGCAAGUACAUCAAGAUUUUAGGAGAAGCUCUACAACUAAGCCAACCCAUCAACAGCAACUCUAUAUCGGUUCAUAUGCCAAGGUUCUGCACCCUCCUUCAACUUAACAAAUCUGCCCAGGAACUGGCAACACAUAUCGGAGAAGUGGUCAUCAACAAAUGCUUCUGCACCCGUAGAAACCCCAUCAGCAUAUCCGCAGCUGCUAUCUACCUAGCAUGUCAGCUUGAAGACAAACGAAAGACGCAAGCAGAGAUUUGCAAAAUAACCGGAUUAACCGAGGUAACCCUUCGCAAAGUCUAUAAGGAACUUCUUGAGAACUGGGACGACCUUCUCCCAUCUAACUACACACCAGCCGUCCCACCAGAGAAAGCGUUCCCCACAACCACAAUCUCUACAACCCGUUCAACAACUCCUAGAGCCGUAGAUCCACCUGAACCGAGUUUAGCGGACAGAGACAAGCCAUCGGUUAAACCCAUUGAAACUUCUGAUCAUGCUCACCAACAACAAGAACAACCCAAAGGCAAAGAAGAUAAGCAUCCGAAAUUCAGACAGCCUUGGCUGUUUGGAACCGCCAGUGUGAUGAACCCAGGGGAGAUGAUAAGCGAGCCGGCGAAAUCACCUAAUGCUCUGGACUUUGAUAAGCAGCAGCUCAGUGAUAAGGAGACACUGCCUACAUAUCUCAGACAACAUAACCAGUUCUCUUCAAGUUCAUCUCCAUCUUCAAGUAUCAGCACAAUCAACUGGUCGUUCAGACCUUCUGGUGGCAACGGGUCCUCAAGCAACUUGCCUGUUGUUCAUCCGCCCAAGCUGCCUCCGGGUUAUGCUGAGAUCAGAGGUAGUGGAUCUCAAUCAGGAAACAAGAAUGCUAAUAACCCCCAUGGAGAUUAGUCAUCAGUGUGAUGAUGGUGACACUCUUCACUUGGAUUUGAAGUUAUUACAUAAACCAAUGCACGAACUCUUGUCUUUGUUCGUAUGCAUCUUGGCUGUACAAUUUCAUAGUCGUUGCUCUCUGGUCUUGUAAACAAUCAGUGGCACACUGGCACUGCAUGAGGAAGAGUACAAGUACAAAGUUAUGCUGCAUAAACCUUUUGUGUCUGAUGGAUUGGGUUUUAGUAGUAGCUGCAGCGAUUUAGUAGUGGGCUUUGUAAUAGCCCAAUCACCUUCGUGGCCUGUUAUAUGUUUUUGACUUAUUUUUUCUGGUAGGCAAAUUUGGAAAAUAAAUAAAAUAAAAAUAUAGAAGAGUCGUGAAGGAAAUUGCAAGGAAUAUUCCCUUUUCAAAUAAAGAAAACGUGUUGCAAGGAAUUGGUAAAACGCCAACCACCCAUAUUUGCUGUCCACUUUCCUUUAAAAUUAUUUUUUCUUUCGUGUAAAGCAUCCACCGUUGAUCUUAUAUGUAACUAUAUGAUCUUGUCCGUUGAUUAGCUCUAGCUCCGUGUAUAAAGAUAACGCAUUGAUCUCUUUGGUUACCAUACCCGCUUUUUCCUUAUUAUUCUUUUCAACUUAUUUUUUUUGUGUUCAUCGUUAUCUCUAGAUCUUUUUGCUAUGUCAACGUAUUGGAGUCUUUCCGAUUCAGAUCGUCGGAGUUUCAGCUCUCGAUCCACCGAUCGAUCACGUAUCGGCACGGAUCUAGCUGCUCUGAUUUGAUCCAUGGCGUAAGACGGAUCUUAGCUGCUGAGAUCUCCGAGGAUCGGUUGAAUAGCUGAUCUGAUGUUGGAUCGUGAUUCAUGAUCUCGGCUUUGAGGUUCGUCGUCAGAUCUGUGAUUUGCGUUGCGGAUUGAUGAGAUGAUGAUGAAUCCGUCAACUCUCUCGAUUCUGGAGAGGAGCGAUUGAAGAAGAGGGAAGAGCCAAAGGAGGAAGGAAGAUAUGUGAAAUGAUAUGAGAUGAGUAUGAAGGAUGUAUGAGAUGUUUGUUAAGGACGAUAAAGCCCCGAUGAGUUGGCUUGAGUUCUGAUUAAGCAUCUUUGUCAUCCGACCUUUGCCAUGACAGGUGCGCUUGCAUGGCAGGUCACCAAAAAAAUUCCCUAAUAAAAAAAAAUAGUUUCGUGUUGUUGUGAGGGGAGUUCGCACGGGGAUAUUUUUUUAAGCCCGGGUUCUCUCCCUCACCUUGUGUCUCUUGCAUCUCGCUUGCUCUCACACUCACUCUGAUUCCUUUUUGAUCUUAAAUUCCACCAAAAUAUCUCGAUACAGACAUAUUUUGAAUGGAUCCAGAUCGCAGAUCUGGAGUCAAACGCGGCCUAAUCCAACAUAAUCCAUGGAGACCAAAAGGUACUUUUAAAUUUUAGUUUCAAUUCCCCGUUCAGCUAUUUAUUCGCAUUACAUAACUUAUCUGACCUCAAACCCGCUUUAAUCUUAUAUGCAAUGGAUCAUUACUAGUCAAAAUUGAAUUAUCAACAACCAUCAUAAAGUAUGAGCAAAUAUUAUAGUACUAACUAUUGAUGUUAAUUUGUACAACUUUUCAAUUUUUUUUUCUUUUAUAUUAGAUGUUCACCGUUUGCAAAAUUAGCACUAGUGACAUAAGAUACAUAUCCUCUAUAUCUAUGUGUUUUGGAGCGGUUUGUUUGUAACAACACUAUCAGAUACUACACUUUUGCAUCAUUUGUAAGCUUAUUGUAACUGUAUCUUGGAUAUUAUGGUGUUGCUAAUGGCUUGAAAGAUUUUGUGAUGUUCCCGGCUGUAUUGUUAUAUCAACAGAUGCUAUGGAUAAUUCUUCCCUCAAGACAAGUUUGUUUUUUAUGUUGAAUCUGUGAGGUAUCUUGAACAGGCAACUUGUUUUCUUCUGUUUGUACAAAUUAUCACAGUUAUAGGCUAUUUCUAAUGUUUUUAAGUCGAGACAGUACUUCAUUCUUGAUUUGAGAUUAACGAUGAUUUACUAUAGUUACAAUGUUUGCAAUCCAUGUUAUGUUACCGUAUAAUAAUUUUUAUACUGUAGUUACAGUUUUUAUUGA